GUAAACUCCUACUGUUCAGGCCGUAGAGAGUAGAGGAGAUUCACUCCUCACAUGUGCAGCGCUGUGGGCUCGUGUGGGACGAGCGCUACGUUUCUCCCUGCGUCUCCUCUGUGUACGGAUUGGCUGCUGGUGCCUCCCCUUUUGACACGCUUCCAUGCAGCGCAGCCGGAGCAGCGUGACUCUCAGAGCUGUCCAAGGGCGCGCAGUGCACCUUCAGCACACAUGGUAAAGAUGGAGGCUCUGGGCGUCCAAGUGCAAAGACCCUGCGCUUUCCCCUUCAGCCGCUUUAAUCCAUCUGAGCAGCAGCAUGGCUCCUCCAAGCCCCCGCUGGGUUCGUCGGCCGUGACCUCUCGUAUCCUGCUCCGCCAGCAGCUGAUGCGCGAGCAGCUCCAAGAGCAGGAGCGGAGAGAGCAGCAGAGACGACAAAGCUCAGCGUACACACAGCCCUCCGUCACCCAGAGCCCCGCCAUCAACGUCAGCAUCCCCGCCGGCCAGCCCGGUGCCACCCAGGUGCCCAUGGAAGUGCUGAAGGUUCAAACACAUCUUGAAAACCCCACGAAGUAUCACAUCCAGCAGGCUCAGAGGCAGCAGGUGAAGGCGUAUCUGUGCACCACGCUGGGAGGAAAGCUGGGCUCGCAGGCCGUGAGCUUGCCGUGUCCCAGCCAGGCCCCUGACCACGGGGGAAUGCCUCCGGGGCCGGGCAACAGCGCCCCCAACAGUCCCAUGGCCUUACUGACCCUCAACUCCAACUGCGAGAAAGAGAUGGACGAUGUCAUCGACGACAUCAUUAGUUUGGAAUCCAGCUACAAUGAUGACAUCAUGGGACUGUCGUUGGACCCCGGACUUCAGAUGGCCAACACGAUCCCUGUGUCAGCGAACCUCUUGGACAUGUAUAGUAACCCAGGCAUGCCGCCUCCGGGAAUCUCUAUCAGUAACUCGUGCCCUGCUAACCUGCCCAACAUUAAAAGGGAAUUCUCUGUUACUCCAUCUCCAGCCAUGAUGCACAUCAUGGACAAGCCCAGCUCCUGUAGCAAGUUUGAGAGCUAUCAAAGGCCUGAAGGGUUUCCUGUGGAGGCUGAAGUUCGCGCUUUCGCAAAGGAAAGGCAAAAAAAGGACAACCAUAACUUAAUUGAGAGGCGACGGAGAUUCAACAUUAACGAUCGAAUCAAAGAAUUGGGGACUCUGAUUCCUAAAUCAAAUGAUCCGGACAUGCGCUGGAACAAGGGCACUAUCCUGAAAGCCUCUGUGGAUUACAUCAGGAAACUUCAGAGAGAGCAGCAGCGUGCCAAAGAGCUGGAGAACCGUCAGAAGAAGCUGGAACACGCCAACCGCCACCUGAUGCUUAGGAUACAGGAGCUGGAAAUCCAGGCUCGUGCUCACGGACUGGCCGUGACUACACUAGCAGCCCGCCCCAUCAAACAGGAGUCGGUCCUGGGCGACUGCACCCAGGAGAUGUUCACUCAUGCACACCAGUCUUGCCCUGACAUGGGCCGCUCCAGCACCCUAGACCUAAACGACGGCACAAUCACCUUUAACGACUCUAGCAAUUCCACAGAUGCUUAUGGUUUUGUCCCAAAGGCACAUGGCGACAUCCUGAUGGACGACACAUUGCCAUAUGUAGCAACGAGCGACCCACUCCUCACCUCCGUCUCGUCUGGAGCCUCGAACGAAAGCAGCUGUAAGGACAGUGUGAACAUGGAGGAGAACGAGCAUGUUUGUUAGUGCGAGGAAACCUUCGUUUGGCUGUCCAGGGACUUUGGUCAUUAUCCUGUUUUUCCGCUAAAACCAUUGACUUGCUAAGGAAGAAGCACAGCCUGUUUUGUCAAGUGCAAAAUAAUAUUAUUUUUAUGUUUACACUCAUUUUAUGUUAUUGUAUUUUACACUUAUUCCAGUUUCGUCUUCCCAAAUUUCAUUGGGCUAUAAUAAUAUCAGAAUAAUCAAGGUCAGUGUCAUAAAAAGAUUGAUUUGUGUAACUUCACGUAGGUGUAUUAGAGUACAACUUAAAUCAAAUUAGGGAUGAUAUAAAAGUGCACUUGAAAGGUGAUUUCUUUGGUUGUACAGUAGUGUGUUUGCACACAGUUUAGAAGAAUAUUUCUCUUUUUAUAUAUAUAUCCUUGUAAAGGAAUGACUUAAGCAUAAUGCUUCCCAUUUAACGUGUAGAUAUUAAGUGACAGACAGUUGAUGUUUAAAUAGAUAGUUCACCCAAAAAUGAAAAUCUUCUCCGAUCAUACAAGAUGUAGGUGACUUUGUUCUUCAGUAGAACAGUGAAGAAGAUUUUUAGCGUCCUUGGUGAUUCAUAAAAUGCAAGUCAAGGGCUACCGUCACUUUGAAAGUUGGAAAAGCAUAUCAGGCAACACAAAAUUAAUACCCAUGGCUCCUGACGAUAUAUUGAGGUCUUAUGAAGCUAAACGAUCGGUCUGUGAAGUCGGUUCGUGAAUGAAUCAUUCUUUUGAAUUGAUUCUUUUUAGUGAACUAGUGAUUCAGUGCUCCAGUUCCUCCAGCAGUCGCUGAACUGAACAGUUCAACUGAGGUUGAGCAUGUGUGAAACAAGUACUUGAAUGAAGGAGCCAAAUUAAAUUUUAUAUGCUUUCUUAUUGUAAAAAGGUGAAGGUUUCAUUUUUGGGUGAAAUGCUCCCUUAGCAUAGCUACAUUAAUUGUAACUAAUUCAUAAAUGUUGUGAAAAUAUCUGUUGAAUGUUAAGGAAACUUUUGAGAAAAUCCUCUUCAAAUCGUAUCUUUCAGAUGGAAAUGCACACAACUAAUAGAUGGACAAAGAAUGUUUGCUACGAGGCUGAUCUGAAACAGCUGACCCUAAAUUAUUUCAUUAAAUUAUUCAUCAUUGGCAAUAUUCUCUCAGUAUUAAUGUUUCUGCUCCAGGAGAAUUUCACGUAGUGCAGUGGAUUUGUGGAAUAAUCUUUAGACCCAGAGGCUGAGCAAAUGCACAUGUGGAAGGACAGUUUGCACACAGCAUUUGGAAAAUCCAUCAGAUUUUCAGAAGUGCUGUGGAAUGUGCCAAGCAAUAAGCAAUAUUCAGUUUUAACUCUGCUGAAAGCCUUCAAAAACUCUUAUAUGCAGUGCCUAUAUAGUUAUGCAAAUGUAUUUCACCUCAUGCAUUUUCUAAGAUACCCUGAGGAUGCAUUUUAACAGUGCAUUUCACAGUGCAUAGCUUGAAAUAAUCCAUAAGAACGUGAAAUCAUUUCUUGACACAUAUUUGUUGACUAAAGGAAUAGUCAUAUAAUAAUUCAAACUUCAAAUUCCAAUUUAUUACCUUUAAAACAUUUUUUAAUCAAAAAAAAAAUUGAUUAAUUUCUGUUUUAAAAUGAUUUUAAUUACUGUCCCAGGUUUUCAUUUUUUAUUUUUUUUUAUACAUUUAUAAAAAAAUGUUAUAUAUUGAUGGUAAAAACACUGGAAGAAUGAUAAUAUGUUGACAAAAAAAAAAAGACAGGAAAAAAAUAUUUUCUAUUUUAUUCUAACACUUGUUUGGGUUUUUUAAUUCUUACAUGGUGUAAAAUGACUGACUAUGUAAUAAUAAUAAGCUGUACUGUUACUGUAUAUUUCUACUGUGCUCAAUUCAGAUGUACUGAUGUUUGCCUUGAGUAGCAUCCAAUGUGUGCCACUAUUUUGAUCAUCUAGAUGCAACUAUUAUGUGUUUUUUCUUAGAACUAUGCAAAAAUAACUUUCAGUUGAGAAAUGAACCUGUGUGUAAUGAAAUGAUGUUGUAAAAGUUUAGCGUAGCUUACAAAGACAGACCACUGUAAAGUGCCUUACAUUAAAAAUCUGUCCCUUAAAGCUAUAGUUCACCCAAAACUUUCUUGUCAUCAGUCACUCAUCCUUAUGUUGUUCCAAACAUGAAUGACUUUGUUUCUAUGGUGGAACACAGAAAGAGAUAUUUAGCAGAAAAUUCAUGCUGCUUUUUUCCAUACGAUGAAAGUGAAUGGGGAUUGGGACUUUUGGAUGUCUGUUACCACCACAAAAUAAAAAAUAAUUAUAAAAAACGUAAUUGCAACUUAAUUUCCCACAAUUUUAACUAGUUUUCUUGCAAUUAUUGAGAUCAGAAAGAAACAUAACUGUAAGAUAUGAACUCAAUUUUUUUUUUUUUUAAAUGGUUAAAAAUGCAAACUAUAACUUUUCUUGUCAUUUCAAAUUUACAUCUCGCAAUAAUGUUUAUUUUUUCCGACUAAAAAAGAAAAUUGCAAGUUUGUCUCAAAAUCUAAAUGUUAAUUGCAUUUUUUUUUCUCGCAAUGCGAUAAUUUCAACUUUUCAUUCUUACAAUUUGGACGUUCUCAGUUUUGUGAGUUUAUAUCAUGCAAUUCUGAGUUUACAUCUUGUAAUUCAGUUUGUUUGUUUCUGCCGCAAAGUCAAAAAUAUUUAUUUAACUUUUUAUUUUUUGUGUAAUUCUGGGGGGUCUGAAUUGUGAGACAGUCGCAAUUACCUAUUUAUUUUUUAUCCCAUGCUUCCACAGGGACUGCUAAAAAAAAAUAAACCUUAAAUUUGUAAAAAUGUACAGUACAUGGGUUUGGAGCUACAUGAGAGAAGACGAUGUUCCUAAUGUUCAAUUUUGUGUGAACUAUCCCUUUAAAUGAAAUGUUCUAUUCUAUAUCUGUGAUUUUAGAUCUUAGUCUUAGACUAAAACGGGUUGGGUCCUCGGUUGAAGUAGAGGGGAUGAUUUCUCAGUAGGACCUCUGAACCUAGGGGUUGAUCAAGAUUGUAUGGUAUUCUGGCUUAAAGCUGAAGUGUUUUAAAGCACUACAAAACUUCCAAGAAUAGUGUAUUACAUAAACUCUUUCUCCUAUAUACAGAAACUACUGAAAGUGGUCCUCAGAAUGUAUUGUUACACAUUGUUGACUAUAAAAUGUUGCCAAAUUCCAAGUGGAGUCUAAAUGUGCAGUAAAACUGUUAUGUAUAUUGUGGAUUUAUAGAAAAACUGGCAAUAAUUCAGACAAUCAGGUAACAGGUAAAGCACAAGGCUUCUACAUGAAUGCAUAUGUAUCAGUGACAUCAUUGAAAGGUGCCUUCAAAACAGGCUUCUGUGGAACUUCAACCAAACAUCUUUUAAUAACAAACACAGUCUGUAUUUUAUAGAAGUGUCUUGGCUAGAAAUGGCUUUCAUUUUGUUAAUAUCCUUUUGUAUUAUAUUUUUGAAGCUUAACCAAACAUUAUUUAAGAAAGGACUUAAGAUAGCCUAUAAAGUAGAUUUUUUUUUAAUUUUCUUUAUAAAGCAUUAUUUUCCUAUGAAUUCAGUUCUGAAAGCCAGCCCACUUUAAACAUACUGGGAAAGUCACCUUUCACUCUUUACGUGAGCUUUAUGAGGAAAGUAGCAUUUCAUUGUUGGGUUUUAAAUGAUUGUCAUGUAUUGGGAAUGAAAAGUUACAGACGUUGAAAUAAAACUGAGUGGUUUUCACAA